AUCAAUCAAGCCAAUUUGCUGUCGACGGGCGCAACUUGGGACCCGCCCGCACCUACUCUGGCCCGCCCCGUUCCCCAUCCCACUCUCCGUCCGCGUGCACCCUUCGUUGCAACUGUGAUCCUUCAACCUGCCCACUACGGAGAACGGGGGUACGUACCCCAGGUACCCAGCACCUCAUGUCCCAAUCUAGGUACAUUCCCUACCUACUGUGCCGUGCCCGUUACUUUUUUCCUUGGCUUGGUUUCUCGAGCUCGACUUUCUUUUCCCCGUCUAACCUUUCUUCAACAAGUCCCAGAUAUACUGUGCCGUCCUGUCCUGUCCUUGACUUGGAUCGUCCUCUGCCCUUCCCUUCCUUUCCCUUUCACCCGUUGGACGGUACUGGGCACCUGGGCAUGUGUGGGCAGUGAAGCUGGCCAGACAGACAGACAGACAGACACUCACACAUUCCUUCACUCACACGUUCACACAUUCGCAUUCGCACCCCCCCCCUUCGCCCCCCCCUCACCAGCAUCCGUAACCUAGCAUCGGUACGGGUGCAGAGAAGCCGUUUAGAGAUUUAUAAUAAUCUGCGCCCGAAAGAAGAAGGAACCCUGACUGGCGGUCCUCAACCGCUGAACCCUGCCAUCUGCCACAAGCUGCCUUGAUCCAGCAAAGAGCAACGACGAACGCGACCCGAGCACGCCUCGGUCGCUUUUAAUUUGCCCAGCGCUUCAGGAUCCCAGACCCGGGGUCCCAGACCCAGACCCCUACCGGAGACGGACUGCCAACCCACCCCAGUCGCAAUCAAAUAAACACCGUGGACCCCCCUAAUCCCAAUCAGCGGCCUCUAAUCUGGUGCUGCUGUUGCUCGUCGACGUCCGUUCUGGCACUCGUCAGCCCGAGCCGGCCACCGUCUAAUCAAACAAUCCUGCUGCAAUAUUUUUUUUUUCAUGAUACCCGACGGCCACAGGGAGAACCCAAAAACCUCUCUGCAUGCUGGGCUCCAACACUCUUCACGUUUAUGACGCCUGUUGUGUGGAGUGGGUGACCGCCACGCACCAAGCACCACGCUUGCGGGGAGUCUCCUUGAAUCCCGUCCACCAGUCCCGUCUUGCCGCCAGCUCGACGAUUCGCGCCAUCGGUUAUACCCAGUCAUCGCCUGCUAAGGCGUGUUGGAGGGCGCGGUUGGCCCGGCCGACCGACCGACAAAGAGAGCGCAUAAACACUAUCGAGUGCAUACAACAACGCCUGCUCGCCCCUGCCUCCCUAGCCGCCCACCAUGACUUCACCUCCCAACUCUCCUGGGAACCCGCCCCAGCGACCCCAGAGCGCCAUGAUCCGACCGACCCAGAGGAGCAGCAGCCGGAUGAGCUCGUCGAGCAAGGCUGGAGGCGGCAGCAGGGCUUCAGAUGAGGAUGGCCGGACAUCAGUCAAAGUUGCCGUGCGCAUCCGGCCGCCAUUACAACCAACCGACCCCGGGUUCGACCUCAUUCCCCAGCGCUUCCAGAGAUCUAUGGUCCAGGUCAUGUCAAACACGACCCUGGCCAUUGAUGCGCCUCAAGGUCGCAAGGUCUUUGUUUUCGACCGAGUCUUCUCCCCCGAGUACGACCAAGCUGGGGUCUGGGACUACCUCGAGGACUGCGUCACCGCCUUCACCACCGGUUACAAUGUGUCUUUGCUGGCGUAUGGCCAGUCAGGCGCAGGAAAGUCCUACACAAUGGGUACUUCGGGUCCCAACGAGCAGGGUGAUUUGGACGUCAUGGGUGUCAUCCCACGCGCCGCAACCGCGCUGUUCGAGAAGCUCGAUGGCUCAAGGGGGAACCUAAACCGCGGUUCCAUGUCGCAACUGCGCGCCCCCGCGAGGUAUUCUGCCCAGAUGCCCGCGCGCAACGCAGACAAGAAUUGGACCUUGAAGGCGACCUAUGUCGAAAUAUAUAACGAGCAACUGCGGGAUCUUUUGUUGCCGGAGCACAUACCCGCACACGAACGUAGCCCCGUCACAAUUAGGGAAGAUACCAAAGGCAACAUAAUCCUGACAGGGCUGCGGCAAGUCGAGAUAAACUCCGUAGAAGAUCUGCUGAACGCCUUGAAUUUUGGGUCGACUGUGCGACAAACUGAUGCAACCGCCAUUAACGCGAGGUCGUCUCGAUCACAUGCCGUGUUCUCUCUGAACCUGGUACAGAAAAAACCGGGUUUCCCAGGUAGCCAAGACAAACGACACUCUAUGCCGGUGGAAGCCAUGUCUGGCGGCGAGGCCUGGACCACGACGGACAGCAAGAUGCACUUUGUCGACCUGGCUGGCAGUGAACGUCUGAAGAACACCCACGCAGAAGGGGCAAGAGCCAAGGAGGGAAUUUCCAUCAACGCUGGUCUGGCCGCACUGGGCAAGGUUAUCUCCCAGUUGUCUUCGCGAAACGCUGGCGCACACGUCUCUUACCGAGAUUCCAAGUUGACGAGACUCCUGCAGGACUCUCUCGGCGGCAACGCGAUUACAUACAUGAUCGCCUGUGUAACACAGGCAGAAUUCCAUCUGAGCGAGACCCUGAACACCGUGCAGUAUGCGCAGCGUGCUCGUGCCAUCCAGAGCAAGCCCAGGAUCCAGCAGGUCGAAGAGCGUGACAAGCAGGCCCUGAUCGACCGCCUCAAGGCAGAGGUCGCCUUUCUGCGAGACCAGGUCAGAGGCUCGGAGCGGUCCGGGGGCGAUAGGCGUGUGGUGUCCUCAGGGGAGAGAUCAGAGCGAUCAAACGAGCGGGAAACGGAACUGCAAAACCAACUCCUGGACGCUCAAGAGAAUUAUUCGUCCCUGAGCCAGAGGCACGCGAAACUCAUCGCCGAAAUGGCCAAAGCACGGGACUUGGAGGAGGCAGAGAAUGCGCAAUUCGAAGAGAGCCUGGGCGAGACUGCCACCGAGAGGCUAAACCGGUCCAACAACUUCGCACAGGCGGUCGAGCAGGUCGUCCUCGAAUACGAGAAAACUAUCCAAGCACUAGAGCAAUCCCUCUCUGGCACACGCGGCACACUCCAUAACACGGAGACGGCCCUUUUGGAGAAGGAGAGCAAGCUGGCAUACGUCGAAACAAUCAACACGCAGCUCCAGACCCGGCUUCAGAAGCUCAUGGACAGGGAGGCCAACACCGAGAACUACCUCCAUGAUCUGGAAGCCAAACUCGACGGGCACACUUCGGGAGAGGAAAAGAACGCAACCAUCAUUACCGAGCUUCGUAAGGAGAUUGCUCGCGUGAGGGAGAAUGAGGCCAGUUGCGAAGAUUACAUCUCUACCCUGGAGGAGAGGCUUGCCGAGGCUGACCAGGACGCCGAGCUGAUGCAGCGCGAGAUCGAUCGCCUGGAGCAAGUGGUCGAGCGCCAGCGAAGCCUGGGCAAGCUCGAUUCCUUGCUGUACGAGCUGGACCAUAUGCAAAAGGAUUCGAGCGUGCCGGAACCGGAGGCUGAGCUGAGCAACGGGUCGAGCCACCGAAGGAGCAUCAACCGCGGCCUCGCUGACCAUUCUCGUAGCCAAAGCGCCAGUGGCCGUCAAAGCCGAAUGGAGGAUCCAAUCCCCGAGGACAGGGAGGAGGACAUACCUGAGGAAGGACCCAUCUCAGCCAUUGCCGAGGAAGUGCACGACGCAGACCAAGCCAAUUGUGACAAGUCUACUCCUCAGUCCGACUCACAGCUUGACUACCCUACCAGCCCGGCCCAGUCCAAGUUUGUCCAGGACAAGCUGGAGAACGUCACGCACGAGUUGAUGGAUCUCAGGGUAGAGCACGAAAACACCCUGACCCAGUACGACCUCCUGCAUGCCAAGUACGAGCAGUCUCUCAAAGCUCUUGCGGAGUUGCAAGAUACAAUCGACGAGUCACGUCACCCGCACCGGCCCCGCGACUCUAUGCUGUCCAUCACUUCGCCGUCCGAGAAUCAGACGAGGCCGUCCUCUUUCUUGUCGGAGCCGAGGUCGGGUCACACCAGGGAUGGCAGACCGCCACUAUCCUCGCGUUCGCUUUCUUCGGAAUUAUCAUCAGCCAUGGAGUUCCCAGCCGGGGCGGAAGUAUCUGAUACAGAGACGGCGAAGCCCAAAUCUGAGGGUCGCGCCGCCCCCGAAACCUCUCGGGAACCGCUGCCAACAGUGGAGGCGCAUGGCCCGGCUGACGAUGAAACUGACAACUCGGCAAUGGCAAUCGAGCUCGAACGGCUCACAGCCCUGGCAGCUGAAAAGGAGGCCGCUGAAAAGCAACUCGCCGAGAAAUACACCGAGCUGGAAAAGAAGCAUCACGAGACGCUCGAGGUGGUGGAGGACCUCAAGACCGAAGUCGCCAAGGCCCGCCACAACCUCGAACCGCCCUCGCCCGUCAAAGGCGCACCCGUCAUUCGACGCAAGUCCAGCCAGAACGUGAUGAUCAUCGACAGAGCACACAGGUCCUUUGCAUCGCUUCGUAAUAUCGCCGCGGACAAUUUCGAGGACAAUCCUGAGACAAUGCAGAACUUCGAGCUCAACCUGAACGCCGCUAUGCACGAGCUUCACGCCAGGUCGGAGAGGAUUCAGGAGCUCGAGGCUGACGUGGCGAAUGCGAGGAAGGAGAUGGAAACCAAGAUGCAGCUCAUCUCCGGUUUGACCCGCGAGCGCUCAAGCUUGAAGGCCUCCGCUAGGGACGUGUCUCUCAUUUCAACACUGAGAGAUCAGCUGGAGAAGAAUGAACGGCAGCUUCAUGAGAUGCAAGAAGCCCAUGCUGUACGCGAGAAGGAACUUCAGAGCGAGGUUGAGAGUCUGCGUGCUUCAAUGGAGACCGCCAAGACCGAGGAGAAGAAGGCCGAUGCCGAUGUCGUCGACGCAGACCAGGGAGCUGUGCACGAGCAGAGGAUUAUGAAGCUCGAGGCCGACCUCGCGGACUGGGAGAACAAGCACAAGACAGCCUUGGACACCAUGCAGAGCACCGAGCAGCAGAUGCGAACUACCAUCGAAGAACUCGAGGCCCAGCUUGCUAGCGUCAGCGCCCAACUCAAGGACUCUCCUCGCUCGACCGAGGGCGAGGGCGAAGCCCAGCACGCUGAAGCUAAGACCGAGGAACUCAUCUCGACACUACGCAGUGAGAUUGACCAGCACAAGACCAUCAUCAGCACCAAUGCUGCCCGGGUGUCCGAGCUGGAAGAGGCGCACAGUCUUGUCAAGAAGGAGCUCGAGGAGGCGCACAAGGCCCGCGAACUGGUCAUGUCGGAGAUCGAGGAGCACAAACAGCUGCUUGAAAGCCAUAGAGACGAGCUGGAGAAGGUGCAGCAAGAGGCUGACCAGCAGAGGUCAGAGGCUGAAGCACACAAGCACGAUGCUGAGACCCAUUCCCAGCUCGUUUCGACACUCGAGAACCAGAUCUCUUCCCACGAGCAGGUCAUCAAGACCCACCAGAGGAGCAUGGAGCUGCUCAGGACAACUCACGCCAAGGAGAUUGAGGAUCUCCGUGCUUCGUCGAAGCAGGAUGCUGACGCGAGGGUCGACGCCCUCAAGGCGGAGCACGCGAAGCACACCACGAAACUCGAAACCCAGCUGACUGAAGCCCGCGAGGACUUGAUGAAGGUAGCCACCCAGGUUGCCUUUGCUCUUGGGCUGGACGUCAGUGUUGAGCUCAUCUCCGAGCGCAUCGAGGACCUCAUCGCCGACCAGAAGGCCUUCGUCGAGGAGCAGAAGAAGGCCAACGAACUCGAAAAGGCGGUGCACGAGAUCUCCAAUGUCAAUGAUGCUCUCACACAGGAUCUGGAGUCCGUCAAAUCGACGUUGUCUGAUAUCCUGUUGGAGCAAGGUGCUGAGCUGAGGAGCCCCUACCCGAGUGUGACGGAGCAAGCCACCGUGAUCAAGAGGAAAAUGGUGGAUCUGCAAAGCAGGAACAAGAAGAACUCGCGUCUGGUAGACGAGCUUGAGGAACAACUCCAGAGCAACUUCGACCAGACGAACAACCGCCUGUCGACUCUUCACGAGAGCAACACUCGGCUGGAGGAGGCCCUCAGCGCCAAGAAUGCCCUGCAGGGCGAGCUGAACACGCUGAGAGAGCAAUAUGCAUCCCUCCAGAACAAGAUGAACAGUGGUGUCAAUGGUGACACCAUGGGACGCUCUGAUUCCCUCAACGGCACAGUGCGCAAGUCCGCAUCUGUCACCUCGCUACCCUCACCACCUCCUUCCGUCCCCCUGCCUCCGCUGCCUGGCGGCGUCUCAUCCUCGGGCACAACAUCGCCUAUUCCUGGCAUGCGCCCGCCAUCCAAGGACAUGGCGAUGCAGCACCAUAUCCAUGAGGACCAGGAAGCCCGCAUCCGCACCAUCGAGAAGCACCUCUCGGCGGAGAAGCAGCUCACGUCGACGCUGGAAGAGGCGCUCACCGACCUGGAGCGGCAGUCCAACAAGGUCAAGGCGGACUGCGACGCGUGGCGGCGACGAUGCACGGAGCUCGAGGCGGAGAUGAAGGCCAUGAAGGAGAAGCCGCCGCAAGACCCACGCUGGAGCCUCCAGCAGGUCGAGGAGGAGCGCAAGAAGCGCGAGGCCGCGGAGAGGGCGCGCGCACACCUCGAGGAGAGAAUGAACGCCAUCAACAAGAAGAAGAAGAAGGGCAGCCUGAACUGCUUCUAAUCUCCCUCGGUCCUUUGCACGGGCUGAGGGUAUCUCACGCUUACGAUAUGACCCCAUUGCGACAUACCUGGGAUGGAAUUCGGUUUCACAACCCCCCUAUACAACCGGGCGGGCCUUCUUUCGCACAUAUUACCCCUACCAUGUUUACAAAUCUAUCACCCUGUCCUACUUCGAUGCUUUUGUCUGCAUGGCGAGCUAUCAUCACAUCACAUUUGGUGGCGAGGAGUUCUUGUGGGUACCACGAUGUUGUCACUAUGACUUGGCCACAUCGAUGAUGCGCAUUCGGUCCAGCACGCGACGGACACUCUUGUUUUAACAUCUCGUCUUUUCUUUUCAAACUAUACGAUCAUCGCCAGUCCUCCCGCGCCACUUCACCGCAUAAUGCUUAUUCACCGUGACGAUUCACAUCACCACCCCUUCAUGCCCCUCCCAUACACGCUUAUUACGUUCAUGUUCGGAGUCAAAAGGCACAAGAAGCAAAAGAAAAAAAACCGAAAGAAAGAGAAUGAGAUUAAAAAAAGCCCAAGGCCUCUUUUUUUUUGUUUUCUAUUUGGAGAUUGACGAGAAGAGAGACUCAAGUCAGUUGGAUCUUGAUUUUCGAGUCGAAAGACAUGAGAUGAGGAGAGUUGUGAAUGGGCGGGACGGACUUGAGUGUGCGCGCAUGUCAUGUCCGUGCUGGCCUCCUUCCUCCGGGAGGAAGCGAGACUUUGUUGUUGAUGUUUGCAGUUGAGCUGAGAUACCACCAAUACACUUCUGCCUUUUUCCCCGUCACCGUCGAGGCGGCCUUUAAAUAAGCGUGAAAUUGUGCCUGAACCCCAUGACAGAUGACAGAUGGGUGACAGGGCCCCGAUCCUUACUGGAAGGGAAGUACACUGAAUUCUCGGCUCGGCGUGCACGAGUCUUUCGUGUAGGCCAGCAUCUCUACGAAAACAGUUAGUCGCAGCCGAUCUGAGCGAGUGUCUCUGCCCUUCCUGGGCUGCUGAACACCAGGGCUCGCCG